AUGCUGAUACCGUAUAACGAUGUGUCAAUAUUUGUUAUAACCAGUAGAUUCUCUGAACUUUUAGAAGAACAGAAAGAAGAAGCUAUUUCUUAUCUGUUCUUGAACAGGUGCAGCCAUAGUGAGUUACCGAAAGUCCUCGAGGGUCUACGGGCUGUGAGCCAUUAUUUGGAUCGGCCAGUAGAUGAAUUGAUCCUGGAGAACAAUAAUCUGCCUAGUCUGCCAGGCAAAGUUUUUGCUACUUUACGCGUUCUUCGUUUAAUGCUCCGAAAUAAUCGUCUCGAGAGAGUAUCGUCAGGAUGGUUAGAAGGACUCCACGAUUCCCUGUUAGAGUUGUUCGUCGUGGAAUCGGAUUUACGUUCUUUACCAGUGGACAGUCUCGAAAAUCUGCACGGAUUGGAAGCAGUGACCUUGCAGAGCAAAGUGAUGAAGAAACUACCGAGAUUCUCCGGGCUUUCAAAACUUAGGUAUCUUCAAAUAAAUUCGCCAGCUUUAUUGGAACUAGCGCCAAGAAACUUUCGAGAUUUACCAAAUUUGGAACAGCUUCACGUGUUUGGUAGUCCGCGUCUGAUACGAUUAGAGGCCGGUGUCUUCCGAGACUUGCCCCGAUUACAAAUAGUGAAUAUCACCGAUUGUGGAAUCCAUUGGGUUCAUCCUCGGUCGUUAAUAGAUUUGCCAGAACUGAAAGAAAUCUCAUUGAUCGGGAAUUCGAUCGUGGACGCUAAUAUGAUCGGUCGCGUUUGCAUGGAUCUACCUUCCCUUUCCGUGAUACGUCUGGACAGAAAUCGGAUGAACCGUCUCGGCGAAGGAACUUUCACAGAUUUGCCCGUUCUCUCCCGCUUAUACUUAUCGAGGAAUCUGAUUACCGAGGUAUUCGCUGGAGCGUUUCAAAGAAUGCCAGCGUUGAAGGUUGUAGAUCUUAAUCACAACUUAAUACAUCGGGUGCAUCCUGAAUUCUUCCCACGCGGACCUGGAAACGUCCUGGAAGAAAUUUGGUUAAUCAACAAUGAUUUGAGCCACGUGACCGAACUGAGAUCGCUGAUGGAGGCUUUGCCACGAUUAAAAUUCCUCGACGUUAGUCACAAUCAAAUUGAAGAGAUACCGUUUGGUGCGUUAAGAGGACAUCCCACGUUAGAGAGACUUCACCUUGACCAUAAUCGGGUGGCCUUCCUCCAAAGAGAAACCUUCACCGCGAUGCCUGCUCUUCGGGAAUUACGAUUAAAAAAUAAUUCUUUGUCAAACUUAUUGGAAGCGCCAUUCUGGAACUUGCCAGCGUUAAAAGGACUAGAUCUGUCUGGGAAUUACUUUCGUCACAUUGAGCCCCGUUUACUAGCAAAUCUGCCAAAUUUGAGACGUUUAGACAUCAGCGGAAACGCGGUCGGCCUCAUAGAACCCGACUCGUUCUUGGGCACACCGGCACUAGAGUACAUCAACAUUUCUGGAAACGCGCUUUCCGUUAUUCACCCGUUAACAUUUCAUCAUUUGAACAAUCUUUAUGAGCUGGACAUCGGUUGGAACAGGAUGCUCGAAAUAGUACCAGGCUUACCGAGGAACAUAGAGCAUCUUUACAUGCCUAUGAAUCGCAUUGUCGCUUUACCAGCCGUGUCCUCUCAAGAUUUGGACCUUCCGGUUCUGAGAUCGCUGGAUCUCAGCGCGAAUGGAAUUGAGCGCAUAUUACCUGGCAGUCUGGCCGAUCUGCCGAAUUUGAGAAAAUUAAACUUCGGUUACAAUUCUCUGCGAAUCUUGGAGGACGGUGCCUUCGAUAAUUUGUCGAGAUUAGAACAAUUGGAUUUGAGAUACAAUCGACUGGUCACCCUACACGGUCGGAGUUUCAGGCCAUUGAGAUCGCUAAUGGAUUUAAAUCUCCGAGGCAAUCGUUUAGAAGUUCUAAGACCGGAUAUCUUUCAGGAGAACAUCAGAUUACAGAGAUUGGAUCUUAGUAGGAACAAUCUUGCUCAAAUACCUCAUGCAACUUUCUCGAAUUCCAGAGACCUUCGCGAACUGUACGCGUCGCACAAUACUUUGACCGAGUUACCCGGAUCGUUGCACGGCUUAACAGCCCUCGAGGUACUCGACUUGAGCUUCAACAAGCUGAACAUCCUGUCACCGGAAACGCUGAGCAGUCUGUCGGCCUUGCUCGAGCUGAAACUUGUCAGGAAUCGUAUCCGAGAACUGCGCGAGGGUGCGUUCGAUGGUCUGCCACGAUUGACGUUGAUCGAUUUGGAGAACAACGACUUGAGGAUCAUUGAGAGAAACGCUAUAAGAGCUCUGCCGGAACUGCAAGCGAUACGGCUUGGGAAAAAUCGCUUACAGAUGAUUCCAAGCGGAGCAUUCACCGAAUUGCCUCUGUUGCAAAGUGCAGAACUUCAGGAAAACCGUAUUCAGGAAGUUGCAAGCAAUGCCUUCAUUAACGUGCCUCAUCUUCUAUUCCUCAACCUAAGUCACAACCAUUUAUCCUCGUUAGAUUACGUUGGUUCGGAAAGUUUGCGAUCGUUGGAGGUCUUAGAUUUGAGCAACAAUCGAUUGUCGAAGGUGUCAAGCAACAGUUUGGCGUCAAUGGAGUGGUUGGUCGAAUUAAGAAUGGACAACAAUCGAAUUUGCACUAUCCAAGGCUCGCCAUUCGACGAAAUGCCGAGACUCCGAGUUCUCACUUUAAGAAGCAAUCGGAUGGCUUCUGUUUCAGAAACAGCGUUCAAAAGAUUGCGAUCAAAUAUCGCUGUUCUAGAUAUCGACGGUAAUAAGAAAUUCUUUUUAUUUCUUAUUGACUUAAAUUCGACGAGGACGUCGGAUUCAAGUACAGCAGCGGACGAAUCACCUGAAAAAGCAAAUGAAACUUAUGUGUCUACUAAAAAUGAUGAUGAAGACAGUUUAGAAGCGAAUAAAAAGUCGCAUAAGAACGAAGGAAAAUUACAAGUGGAAAGCGCAAGUCGAAUCGUUUGGACUACUCCGAGAACAGUCUCAGAAACGACAAAGGAAGCUUCCUUUAAAGAAACCUCGACACAAAUAUUAAAGCAUACUUACUGGGAUUCUAAAGAGAUCGAAAAUCAGGGAUCACCAAAUACUGCGACAAAUGUUAAAAAAGAAUCCAAUGAUGACUCCGGUUCUACUGUAACGGAGCGAACAGCAUUCCAUUCGACUCCGCUUUUGGAAAUUCAAAAGAAUUUCUCUUCUGCUUCUCAAGUUACUCAUGAAACUGAGGCAUCAGCCCUGUCAGCGUUUUUGAUUCCUGGAGGUCAGGUACCUCCUUCGGUACCAAAUUUGCGACCACUAGGAAAACCAACAAUAACGAAGGUUCCAUCGCCACGUGUCGGUCUUUCCGUGGAAUCGGAGAAACAAAAAUCGGUGGCACAAGCUGUUCAACGGUACAUGGAAAAUGAAGAAACGAUGUUGGAUAAAGAUGGUCUUUCUAAUGAGAAUGCUGAAAUUGUUGAAGACAAUCCUUUUAAUUGGUACUUUCAACAUUAUAACGAUACCAAUUUAGAACCUUUUGUAGGUAUAGCGUAUAGUGGAGUAUUCAUCCAUUCAAUUUUGCUGCCUGUCAUAAUUAAUCAUUUGCAUCCAUCAACAAAAUAUUUAACAAAUUACAUGAAAUAUUUAAUACAUUUAUUGAUAGUACUCGGAGCAACGGAAAUGGUACCGCUUCGUAUGAGUUUAAAGGAUUCCUCGACGCGAAAUCCUAAUUUCCCAGAUUCUGAUUACUUUUACGAGUAUGCAGAUUAUCAAGAUAGUAAAAAUGAUAAAUUAAACACAACUAUCGCGCCGACUCAGAGUCAGCAGUUUGCAAGUACGGUACCAACGAACACCACGAAAGUUGUUGAGUCAACGGAGAGGCCUCCAUUUCCACUGAACAACACCGUACCCAUAAAAAAGACCACUUCAGUGCCUCCGUCCCCUAGCAGUUCAGGUUUCACAUUUUUUGGAGUACCUUUGCCGAACCUUAAUUUCAAUCUGUGGGGAAACUCAGGACGAAAGUCCGAAAGAAAAAAUUCAGACCGACCAGGAAGAAGCCGAUACAGGAUAUUCCCGCCUACAGAACCGGAAGUGCACAGAGGUGGUUUCGUACCUUUGCCCCGAGGACAAGGUGGGUUUAUACCGAUCGUUGAUCCUAGAUUGAUAUACGAGAAACAAGAAAUCUCUCGGGUACGGGAUUCGAACGAUACACAGGAGGAGCGAAAGAGAUGGAAAAGCGGAAAUGGAACGGUGAUAAAGAUUGAAAAAACUCAUCCCAGAACGAACAAGCCCAAAAUAGGAUCCAAAGAGAGAGAAGAAUUAUCCAUAAUGAUGACUAAGGGAACAGACUCCCGUUUGCGAGUGACUGGCAUAAAGAAAAGCAGUAUUGACUUAAAUUCGACGAGGACGUCGGAUUCAAGUACAGCAGCGGACGAAUCACCUGAAAAAGCAAAUGAAACUUAUGUGUCUACUAAAAAUGAUGAUGAAGACAGUUUAGAAGCGAAUAAAAAGUCGCAUAAGAACGAAGGAAAAUUACAAGUGGAAAGCGCAAGUCGAAUCGUUUGGACUACUCCGAGAACAGUCUCAGAAACGACAAAGGAAGCUUCCUUUAAAGAAACCUCGACACAAAUAUUAAAGCAUACUUACUGGGAUUCUAAAGAGAUCGAAAAUCAGGGAUCACCAAAUACUGCGACAAAUGUUAAAAAAGAAUCCAAUGAUGACUCCGGUUCUACUGUAACGGAGCGAACAGCAUUCCAUUCGACUCCGCUUUUGGAAAUUCAAAAGAAUUUCUCUUCUGCUUCUCAAGUUACUCAUGAAACUGAGGCAUCAGCCCUGUCAGCGUUUUUGAUUCCUGGAGGUCAGGUACCUCCUUCGGUACCAAAUUUGCGACCACUAGGAAAACCAACAAUAACGAAGGUUCCAUCGCCACGUGUCGGUCUUUCCGUGGAAUCGGAGAAACAAAAAUCGGUGGCACAAGCUGUUCAACGGUACAUGGAAAAUGAAGAAACGAUGUUGGAUAAAGAUGGUCUUUCUAAUGAGAAUGCUGAAAUUGUUGAAGACAAUCCUUUUAAUUGGUACUUUCAACAUUAUAACGAUACCAAUUUAGAACCUUUUGUAGGUAUAGCGUAUAGUGGAGGUGAAAAGAUAAGUGCGGCUCGGUGGACUUUAUUUAGCCAAAUGUGUCUUAUUUUGUAUAUUCUUAUAUAA